AUGGUCUUGCUACCAAGCUCACCAAGAUUGACGCUACUGCUGCUGGCAACUGCGCUAAGACUGGUCGCUGCUCAGCAAUGUUAUUAUCCGGAUGGAACGGCUGCGAUUGAUGUGCCUUGCAACAGCUCUGCGCCUGCUUCAGCAUGUUGCACCAGCUACGGGUUCUGCUUAUCGAAUGGCCUUUGCUUGGACAACGGCAUCUUGUCGCGAGGUAGCUGCACCGAUAAGAACUGGGACGACCCAGCAUGUGCGCAGUACUGCAAGAAUGACAACCCGAGUGGUGGCCAGUACCUGAUGGCAUGCUCCAACGAAAAAUUCACCUGCGGCUUCUUUCCAGAAAAUUGCGGUGUCAAUUCGUCACUAUUCGCCAUUAGUAACGCGGGAAGCCUCAUAUUACGGUCCAGCCAGCUGACUUCGGCAAUGGAAGCUGGCGGCAUAGAUCGUGACUUGUUGCAGCAAGCCAACGCGACCAAUCCCACGGCCAACGCCACCCCCGCUGCACUACCUGUAGCCGACGGAGGCUACACGGUCGGUGCCAUGGCAGGAGUUGGGGUCGGUGUCGGAGUUCCUCUCCUGAUCGCUGUCGUGUUUCUCGCUUACAUGGUGAUGCGGGAGAGGCGGAAAUACCGUGCAGUGAGCGACACUCUCAACACCAUGCAAGCACAGAUGAACCAACCCACCAGUAGCUGGUCAGCCUACACGGGUACCGCAGCUGCUCCUAAGCGAGUGAGUAGACCUGGAGCUGCAGAGCUACCCUCGAAUGUCUUACAAGAGUUGGAGUCGCCGGUCGCGACUAGGGAUAACAUGGAUGUCAAGCCAUACGAGAACGACAUGGCGAAGACUGGAGCCUUAUAG